CCGCCCAGAGGCCGUGCGUCAGUGCGUCGUCUCUAUGGUGGCGGCGGAUUCGGAGGGACCUGAAGAUCGCCCGUCAGGCAAGACAGACUUGGGGGUGAAGGUGGAGGGGGUUGCAGGUGUGACCUCUGACCUUGGCGUGGAUUUGCAGGAUGUACCUCCGCGAGCGCGCCAUCCCACUUCGCGGCUCUGCCGCCGCCCUGUCUAACAACCUCAGUGUGCUGCAGCUUCCAGCCCGUGAUCUCACACAUUUUGGAGUGGUUCAUGGACCGAGUGCCCAGAUUCUCAGCGCUGCCUCUGAGGGUGUGCCCUUGGCCCAGCGCCAGCUCCAAGUCAAAGUGGGCGUUGGAGUGAGCCCCCCACUUAUCACUCAGGUCCACUGGUGCGUCCUCCCUUUCAGAGUACUGCUGGUUCUCACCUCACAUCGAAGGAUACAGAUGUACGAGUCUGAUGGCUCCGUCAUGGUCUAUUGGCAUGCCUUGGAUUCAGGAGACACGUCUUCAGCACAGGCCAUGUUUGCCCGAGGAAUCGCUGCCAGUGUUCACUUCAUCUGUGUGGGAACAUGGUCCGGCCGGGUACUGGUGUUUGACAUCCCUGCCAAGGGUCCCAACAUUGUACUUAAUGAGGAGCUGGCGGGGCACCAGACACCAAUCACAGACAUCGCCACUGAGCGUGCCCAGGGACAGGAUGGUGUUGCUGACAUGGUGACAGCUGAUGACUCAGGUGUUCUCUGUGUCUGGAGGUCAGGAACUGUGUUCACAUUACUGACCCGAAUACCAGGAUUUGGGGUCCCGUGCCCCUCUGUGCAGCUGUGGCAGGGGAUUGUAGCUGCAGGCUAUGGCGAUGGGCAAGUGCGUCUCUAUGAUGCCACUACUGGAGCACUCCACGUCCAGAUCAGUGCCCAUGCCCGGACCGUCUGUGCCCUGGACCUAGCUCCAGAAGUGGGCAAGCUACUCUCUGCAGCUGAGGACACCUUUGUGCAUAUCUGGAAGCUGAGCAGGAAUGCAGAGAGCGGCUCCAUUGAGGUUGAACACUGCCACGGGGAAUGCAUUUCUGAUACCCAGGCCCCAUACAGCUCCAGCCGCAGUUCAAAGUCCGGCCCUGCCUCAGCACUACACAGGCGCAAGAGAGAGGAGUGCCAUGAGCAGGAGGCUCAGGAGGGUGUGGGGAAGAAGAGCGGAAGUUCAGGAGGACUCUACAGAGGUGCCCAGGAGUCAUCUGCCUCUCCUUCUCCCCCCUCACCUCUGCCCCCAUAGCAACCCCAUAAGGAGCUGGAGUGGAGAAAGGAAGGGGGGAGGAAGGGAGGAAGGGAGGAAGGAAGGAAGGAAGGAAGGAACGAGCCAUAGCCAAGGAACUCACAAGAGCACAUUGUUCUGAAAAGAGAUGUCUGUGAGAGUCCUGUCCACCAGGACCAUCUCUGUGUCCUGAAUCUGUUCCCCGAGCUGCAGCAGCAGGAACA